UCAACCACCACCACUACCACCUAUGGGCCGGCGCAAGAAGAAGGCCAAGACGGCGACGUCCGUGGCCACGAGCGACCCCAACGAGCUCCCGGCCAAGUUCAACAAGGACUUCCGUACAAUUAAGACUGCGUAUGAUGCCAAGCUGUACAAGAAGGCGCUCAAGGCUGCGGAUAACAUCCUCAAGGCGUGCCCGAAGCAUGGCGAGACGCUGACGCUCAAGGGCAUUGUGGUGGACGCCAUGGGCAAGAAGGACGACGGCGAGGCGCUGAUCGUGGCUGGCGUCGAGUCCAACCCGACCUCGUUUGCCUGCUGGAACUACUACGGGCUCUUCUGCAAGUCGCACUCGAUGUACACGACGGCGAUCAAGGCGUUCAAGAACGCACUCAAGUACGCUGCACCCGAGCACGAGAUGAACAUGCGCUACGAGCUCAUGGCAUUGUACGUGCAGACGGAGCGGAUGGAGGCCUUCCUCGACCAGGCCAACGAGGCGCUCAAGAUCAAGUCGGACGUCAAGCGCAACUGGAUUGCUCUCGCCAUUGCGUACCACCUCAACGCCAACUACUCGAUGGCGCUGACGGUCCUCGACACCUUUGAGGACUCGACCGGCGGCCUCGAGCCGUGGGUCCAGCCGGCCGACGAUCCGACGGCGGUGCCCAAGGCCGCCACGUCGGAAAUCCAGCUGUACAAGAUCAUGAUCCUCAUCGAAGGCGGCGAGCACGCCCGCGCCCUGGCUGCCAUGGACGCCGCAGAGACCAACAUUGCCGACAAGGACCAGCUCCUGGUCUUCCGCGCCGAGUGCUACCUCGCCCUCGGCCAGACCGCCGAGGCCGAGGCCGCCUACGCCAAGCUCAUUGCCAUCAACCCGGAGAACCUCGAGUACCACAAGGGCAUGCUUGCCGCCAAGGGCGUGACGCUCGCAGACAAGCCGGCCGACAUGGAGCCCGCCGCCCUCGACUCGCUCCACACCACCUAUGCAACCCUCGCCGAGACGUACCCCAAGUGCAACGCCGUCCAGGACAUCAUCCUCCGCUUCUCGCGGAACGUGGCCGACUACAAGACCCAGCUGCAGGUUGUCCUCCCCAAGCCGCUUCGCAAGGGCACGCCCUCGCUCUUCAACCGCAUCGCCGGUGUCACUACCGACCCGGCCCACUGGGGCGCCCUCGAGGAGCUGGUGGUCAGCGAGUACUUGCCACGCGCCGCCGCCGGUACGUCAAUGACCGGCGGCGACGAGGCCGAGCCGCCGUCGACGCACCUCUGGGUCCUCUUCUUUGUGGCGCAGCUGUACCAGGCGACCCACCGGUCUGAGCUCGCACUCGAGACCAUCAACGCCGCCAUUGCACACACGCCCACCGUUGUCGACCUCUACGCCUUCAAGGCCGUCAUCUACGGCCAGUGUGGCGACCACGUGACCGCCGUCGAGUGGAUCGAGUUUGCCCGCUCGCUCGAUCUCGCCGACCGCUACCUCAACACCACCGCCGGCAAGUACCUGCUCGCCGCCGACAUGGUGCCCGAGGCCAUGGACGUCGUCCGCCUCUUCACCAAGGACUCGGACGCGUACAACUCAAUGUUUGACAUGCAGACGCUGUGGUACGAGCUCGCCCGCGGCGAGGCCCACGUCCGCCGCGGCGAGCUGGGCCCGGCCCUCAAGAUGUUCACCUUUGCCAUGGACGCCAUCGACCAGUACGUCACCGACCAGUACGAGUUCCACAAGUACGCCCUCCGCUGCUUCUCCAUCCCCAUCUACAUCGACAUGCUCCGCACCUUCCGCGCCAUCCACUCGGACAAGCGCUACGCCACUGCCGCCCUCGGCGCAUGCACCAUCUACCUCAAGCUUCACGAGGAGGCCGCCGCACACGCCGCCCUCCCGCCCGCAGAGGCUCGCGCUGCCUCAAAGGCCGCGCGCGCCGCGCGCAAGGCCCAGGUCGAGCCCAUCGCCGGCCGCAUGAAGGUCGAGGCCAACGCCGGCCGCCAGCGCAAGUCCACCGGCAAGCAUCCCGACACCGACCCUGCCGGCCUCGCCAUGGCCUCGGUCGAGAACCCGCUCGCUAAGGCCGCUAACAUUGUGGCCAAGCUCACCAAGUUCCACCCGAACGACCUCGACGCCCACGCCAUCGCUGUCCGCAUCCAUCUCGCUCGCAACAAGCCGGUUCUCGCCCUCCGCUCCCUCGCCCUGCUCCUCGCCCUCGACCCGGCCUCGCCGCAGGCCCUUGCUGCCCGCUGGCGCAUCGAGGCCGCCGCCAUCAACGGCUCGCUCCUCGCUGAAUGUGCUGAUGACACCACCGUCGUCGCCUUUGUCAACGACCGCCUCGCCGCCCUUCCCGGCGGCGCCCACGCCUCGCUCGACGCCCUGCAGGCCGCCGGCAAUACCGCACUUGCCAACGCCACGGCCCUUGACGACGUCAUCGCCAUCAUCGACUCUCUCCUCACCGUCGUUGCCAUGGAGCCGUCGGCCGACCUCAAGGCUGCCCUCACUCGCGCCGUCUCGGCCGCCCUCGCUGUCCAGCCCGUUCACACCGACGCCCACGUCGUCCUCGCUGCCGCCGUCGACCUCGCCGGCCGCCUCGACCCGGCCGGUGCCCUCGCCGCCGACAUCAAGGCCCAGGCCCACGCUGCGCUUCCGCUUUGUGCCGCCUUUGUCUAA